AUGUGCUUCAUCGAUCUGCAGAAGGCAUAUGACUCGGUGGACCGGGAGCUACUGUGGAAGGUGCUGGCCCGGGCCGGGAUCCCCGGGGAGAUGAUCGCCGUCAUCCGCAAGUUCCACGUCGGAAUGCGGGCCCGGGUCCGCACGGACGAUGGGGAGCUAUCGGACUGGUUCCCGGUCACGCAGGGAUUACGACAAGGGUGCUCAAUGUCCCCACUGCUGUUCAACGUCUUCUUCGCAGCGCCUCUCGAGAUCAUUGUCACACGGUUCAGCCAAGAUGAGGUUAUCGUGCGGGACCUAGUGUACU